AUGCGGCUUCCUUACGCCCCCUCCACCCCGCCGCCCGAUGCGGCCGCCGACACGGCAGACAUCUACGCCCGCAUCGCCGCGCGUAGAAACCCGCGUCCCUUGAUUCCGCUAGACCUGUCCCUGCUGCACAGCCCGCCGGUGGCAGACGGCUGGAAUAGCUUCAUGGGUGCGAUUCGCUCGCGUACGAUCGUCGACUCCGGCAUCCUCGAACUGGCAGUUUGUCGCGUGGCCGUGCUCAAUCACGCCGUGUACGAGUGGAAUGCUCAUGCACCGCUGGCAUUGAAAGGUGGGGUCAAAGCCGAAGAACUUCAGGCUGCCCGGACCUUGCCCUCUACUACUGAGGGGGACCUCGCCCAGCUGGAGAGUAGUGCACUCACCCCACAGCAGCGCGCGGUCCUGCGCUAUACCGACCAGAUGACCCGCUCAAUCACCGUCCAGGACGAGGUGUUUGCGCAGCUUCAGACCGUUGGUUUCAACGAUCGUGAGAUCGUCGAGCUCACUACCGGCAUUGCCGGAUACAACUGUGUGAGCCGGUUCCUAGUUGCCCUGGAUGUGGGCGAGAACAAUGGACGUGAAAUGAAGAGCGUUGAUGAAUUGGUCGCCGCCCUUCAAUAA